AUGAUGCGCUACAAACGUACGAAAAUUGGAUCGGACCUCCGUACGGACUGGCCAUUUACAGACGCAAAAUGGAUCAAACCUCUGGCCAAAAUUCGGGCUUUCCGUACGCAUAAGGAUCGAAGUUGCCAAACAGCUUUUGAAAUCUUUUUGGUCCUGACCCCCAUUCCCGCUCAGCCUCCCUCGGCCUCAUUGAUGCGGCAUCCACACGACGUGCUUGCCGCGUAUGGACGCGAAAAUGCCCAGCCACCAGAGAGCGACACAAGAGACGCGACGGCAACGUGCUCAAACGCGACGCGACGCGACAUGCAACCAACCAAACGACUGACAUUGACUUCCUGUUUUUACCACGCCCCCAAAACCGCGCUAGAAAAUGUUUACAUAAUCUUCGGACUUUCAAACCGCGUCGCGUCAAUAUCACCUCGUCACCCUGGACUCUCGACGCGUUUUUUGUCGCAUGACUUGUCCUAUCCCCUCAAAUUCAACUGUAGCCUCUUCCAACUACUACUUACUAUGGAUAACAAUGCUCGAACUGUCCGGUCUUACAGGAAAAACUCUGCAAUUCAAGUACCAGCAACACCCGAUUACAUUUCAUCAUUUCUAUCACAAUCUACACCUAGUUCCACAAGUCCUACAGUGAAUUCACUCGUCGCAUCAUCCCCUGAUGGUCUUUCGGCCUCGUCAUCCGUUAAUUCCUUGGCUGCCUCCGCUUCUCCGUUCAACGCGCUUGGCUCAUCGAGUCAACCAAGGUUAAUUCAGCCUCGACAGAAUGAAGAGGCGAAGCUAGAGGGAAAGUUUAAACGAAUGGAAGAGUUUCUAGGAAACUCGGGCUUUGAUUCUAUUGGAGAUUUUCUAGGGAUCCUGUUCUACAACCCAACUCGUGUUGACGGAAAGGAUGAUCCUCGUGGUGUGACUCAUGGACUGGCCAUCGCUCGAUUCCUUCAAGGAAAAACAAAGACCAAAAUGUCCGAAAUCAUCGGUCUCAUAUAUUCUCACAAGCACAGUGCCCCGUCGCCGAGAUCUACACAAUAUCACGAACGUCACACCUCAUUCUCGCCCUCCAUCUCGCCUGCGGCUAUCAACCAUGCGCGUCCUUCGCUGUUUACUUGGGCAACCAACCUCGUCGGUAAACAUGUCCAUCAAGAGAUACAUAAGCUUACCAUGAAAGACGACGACACUCAGCUUCGUGCAUCCACUAAUGGCCGACGCCCAGAGGAUAGCGUUAGACUGGUUACUUGGGAGAUUUUGGGGAAAUUUAGUAUUGCUAGACUUUGUGAGAAGUACAAGGUGCGCGCGCCUGUCUCUUGGUAUCUCACCGAGUCUAUGGCUGCCUCGCGCAAAAAUGGUGCUGUGAUUACGAAGAAGCGGCGCCCCCAUCCCAUUGUACAAGUUGGCGCUAUUGGCUCGUUUAUCCUAACCCGAAACCAUUAUGCAAACGGAGACCUUGCGAUGGCCCUCGGCAUAUGGCACUUUGCCGCCAAAUCACACAUCGACGUCAAACGUGUCUACAGCAGGUUUGGGAAUAUUGCCCUAAACACCAUGACUGGCUCGAGCCUUGCUUGUCUACGAGACUCGGUUAAGAAUGCGACGGAGCGGGGAGAAACCGAGUGGUGUCUAGUGCUCGACAAUGUCCAAGAGUAUUGUCCGGUAUACGAAGGGGGUAUUUCGCGUGAAAGUAUUCUUAAGGUCGGGACGGCAGCAACAGCAAUCCGGCUCGACGAUUGCAAACCUAGUGCUUUUGAUUUACAGAGUCACCUCGCACGCGUCGCUGAGAAGAAACGCACUACAAUGACUGUCGAAAGCAUCAGGGCGGAUAUUGACUGGACUCAUGUACACGCAAUCCAAUCAUUGCAUUGGGUUCGCGUUCUUGUCGACUACAUCCCGGAACUCAAGCCCAUGUCCAAAGAAAUUUCAGCCAGGUUUCGCUCAGCACCGCUUGCCAAGCAUCGCAUGCGCGAAGUUCGGAAAACUGUGGUGCAGCCGCUGGGAACCAACGCUGAGCGGGAGAUCGAGGCUCAAGGAAUGGCGCGAGCUCUCAUGGACUUUGACCGUCAGAUGGGCGUUGGGCCGGAAGCAGCAGACAAACUAAUCUCAUGGGUUCAUGGAGAUGGUGCUUCACAUGCGACAACGCUUCGACUACAGAAGCACUUGUGCUCCAUUCCUGAUAACCACCAAUCCUUCCGAAAUCGUGUUUCUACUCCUGAAAUUUGGCACGCAAGAUCCACAAUGAUCAAUUCCAUUUCUGCAAAUCAUUACGGACCAGCGACCUCAAAGGAUCCGUCGUCCCUUUCUCGCAGCUCGAACACAGCAGGAUUCAAACGGCCCAGCAACCUCAAUAGUUGUGAUUACUACCCCACAGUACGAAGCAUGACACUGAUCUGGGAAGCACAAGUUCUCGAUUGCUGGAGGAUAUUCCUUGAUGCUGUACCCGAUCUCCUUUCGCACUUUGCUCAUCUAGCUAGUCAAAACAACCUGCCUUCGCUUGAAACACUCGUAUGCUGCGCUGAUACCCUUGUCAAUCGGUACACAUCACAGGAUGCAUACGAGCAAGCUCUAUCUCUUGCGGAUUCGAAUGAUGCACCUACAUCCAUGAAAGUUUCUGUCGGGCAAUCUACUACAAUGUCGACAGUUGUAGACAUUGCUGAAGGUGAUCUACCCGGCACUCCUCCAAUGGAAGAUCUGCCAAAGGUUCAUCAAGAGGUCAAAAACUUUGACGGUGAUCGGGUCCUUGCGAACAGCAUUCUUUUCCUUCAAGAUUUUGGUUGGUGGACCGAAAUUGCUUAUGCUGUUCCAGAGGGCGAUAUUGGACGUGUCUUUGAGAUUUUGAAGAUCUGGAUAUUCACGUUUGCCGGGUCAACUCAUCAGAACUACACAACCUAUCUUCUAGAAGUGUAUUGCCUCUUACGCUAUGAGGCGUCUCAGGACCUUCGUGACGGAAUACUCAAUAAUUGGCUUGUAAAUGUAACUGGUGAGCUAGGAAGGUGGAUUGAAGCGGACUUGCUUCAAGAGCACUAUAACCGCUGGCUUGAAGAUAUGGUCAAGAAACGAGGCGGCGAUUUCGAUGACGAUUUCUAUCGUCAUACACUUUCACCAAACGUUGAUCAUUUCCUACGAAUCAAAGAGGAGAUUGAGAACGCUUUCACACUUCGUAGUCGAGGGAAGACACAUACCUCACCCCAUCUUCGUGACGAACUUCGAAUUCUCCUUGCUCUCUUCAAGGAGGAAAAACUUCACCUAUUUUGCUCCAGACGGACACUGGGACAUGCAGCAAUCAAUCAAUUCAACGAAGGUCACGAGCGGCUAGAUAUGGGCAAACUUGAUGAUUUUAUCUGCAAGUCGACAGCCUAUGCAGAUGUUAUUGGCGAAAUCCAGGCCUAUAAACAAGCAGAAAAAGACUCCGAAGCCAAUCAAUCACAACCUCCCAGAUACGAUGCCUUGUCCCCUCACAUCAAUGACAGCUCCAACUCGGAUGCCAUCAAUAUCUCCGCCAGCGAACCAACAAGGCCCCCCAACUCGAGCAGUUCUGAAAGCGACUCCAUUCGUUCAUUAUCGCCGUCCUCAUCAUCAUCUAGUUCACCAUCUGAAGAUGACAACGACAAUGACCCUAGUGAUGCUCAUCUCGCUAGCGGUUCCGACUACAGUUUCUAUUUGGCAGACAACCAAUUGACUCACGCAACUUGGUACGAGCAGGAAUGUGAGGAAGAUGGGGACAAUUCAAGUGACGAGGAUGAGAGCAGUCAUGAUGCAGACUGUAGCUUCGAUUCGGAUGGUGCUGAAGAUGAAGAUUUGUUCAAUUUUGAAGACACUACUUGUGAAUAA